ACCUCUUUUCCUAAUAUUACUCAGAGACUGUUCCUUAGAAAUCUUUCUAACAAAGAAAUCGAAGCAAAAGCACACUGGCCACCUUGAACGACACAGAUUUUAUUCCACAUAAAGAAAGGGGAGAGGUUAUUUCCUCUGAUAGAGGAGAAAGGGUUCUCCAUCAGUCCUGAAGGGCUUUUCUUCAAUCUAAAUCCUUAGAGAAGUCUCAAUGUGCCUUAUUUUCUGUGGGUCUCUUUGUUCUUCUGUCUCUGUGCUUUUGGAUCGAACUAUUCCUUUUCUCAAGAACAGGAUGACUGGAGACCUGUUAUAUAUCAAGGAGAAAAAAGGUUCAGUAGCAAAAGCAAACAAAGCCAUAACCUGCAUCUUCAUCAUCAAGCAGAAAGGUGAUCAAGGGGAGAGGGUAUGUGGGGGAGGUUUGGGGGGAGGGCAGGGAUGGCAGCAGAGUAGAGAGACACCCUUGAGCAAGUACCCCGACACUUGUACCAACAAAAUCUAUCAACGGUUGGUGAGAAGGCUGAGCAGUUUCUACAGGAAGUCAACUUAAUCUUUCUGAUCACAGUUGAGAUUGUUUCUGCUGCCAGAACCACCUGAUAUAUUAACUCACUCAACCAUUUUAGAGUGGAUCCUCUAUUAACCCCAAACUGAUAUUUGUAUUUUUUUUUUUAAAAGAAUCAGUUCCAUUUUUGGUGGGGAUCACUGAUAUUUUGUCCUUCCAUCUCAAAGAGGACUAUUGAGAGUGUGAGGGAAGGAUGAGUCCUGGAAGAAAAUCACUCUGACUCAAGGAGCUCAAGGGACUUUCAUUUUCACCCAUUUCCAUGGAGCAAAGCUGACUUUUGUGGUCCUUCGUUUUAAGGUCCCAAGGAACAUCUGGUCAUCCUCCAUCUGGUCAUCCAACAUCUGGGAAUCAGUUACAUUUUUUGGUGAGAAUCAAGUGUGGUGCGAAGGCUGAGACCGAAAUGAAAAUUAUUUGGACACAGGGACCUUCGUUUUCAUCCACAUCCAUGGAGCAAACUGACUUUGGGGGUCCUUCAUUUUAAGGUCACAAGGAAGCAGUAUCAUUCGCCAUCUGGAGGGAGACGACGUUGCCCGUUACUCCAGGGUACCUCAGUUAACAGAGGGAUGUGGAAUCCCACAAAGUGGUGAGAUUGAGAAGAGACCUUGCCUUCCGUCCUCCCUGCAGCUGAAUGGCGUGUGCUUCUCCAGCUCCGUGAGGUACUCAGUGCUCCAGGACUGAUAUUGUUCCUGGGAACCGACUCCGCAAGAUGCUGAAUUCCAUCAAAUGUGUGUUAGUGGGGGACGCAGCGGUGGGGAAAACAGCCCUCCUGGUGCGCUUCACGUCCGAGACGUUCCCCGAGAUGUAUAAGCCCACCGUGUAUGAGAACGCCGGGGUGGACGUCUUCAUGGAUGGCAUCCAGAUCAGCCUGGGCCUUUGGGACACGGCGGGCAACGACGCCUUCAAAAGCAUCCGCCCGCUCUCCUACCAGCAGGCGGACGUGGUGCUCAUGUGCUAUUCGGUGGCCAACCAUAACUCCUUCUUGAGCCUGAGAAACAAAUGGAUUGGUGAGAUCCGGAGCAACUUGCCCUGCACACCGGUGCUGGUGGUGGCCACGCAGACUGACCAGCGGGAAAUGGGACCCCACAGGGCUUCCUGUAUUAACUCAGUGGAUGGGAAAAGGCUGGCUCAGGAGGUGAAGGCCAAGGGCUACCUGGAGUGCUCGGCUCUUAGCAACCGAGGGGUGCAACAGGUAUUUGAGUGUGCCGUCAGAACUGCAGUGAAUCAUGCCAGGAAAAGGAGCAGGAGGAAGCUCUUUUCCAUGAACGAAUGCAAGAUCUUUUAAACUGUCAGGACAGACCAAACGCCGGGAUCUGUCCCAGUCAAAGAGCAUUGACUGGCUUGGGGAUGUGAGGCCGGCCUUGUGCAUCCACGCUAGUAUUUUGUACAGACUGCUCUUCUCCUGGACAACGCUGGAAACUUUGGCCAUUGGGUCUUUUACUAAAGCAUGCCCGCCACAGGAACCAUUUUUGAUGAUUUCAUCUAAGUAGAGCAUGUUCCAGGGAUCUUAAGUACAUGUUUUUCUGUUUGUUUAUUUUUUUUUUUUUUUAAUAUUUCCCGUUCUUUUAUUUAAUGAUUCAAGGACUCCGGAUUUUGCUAGAGACUGCUAUAAUUUGGGAGACUGAACUGAGUUUUUCACAGAACUCCAUAUUUAAAGACCAUUUAUUUAAAAACAAAAACAAAGCAAAAACAUUAGCUUUUGCAUGUAGCUCAUUUCCACACUUGGUAAUCCCCCUCCCUCUGACUUAAUCACCAACACAAACUGCUAAAAAAAAAAAAAUACUAAAUAGCUUCUUGGAGAUUGUCCAUAUGUUAGAUUUGUUUAUUCUUUAUGUCACAGGAAUUUUGUUGAAACUACUUACCAACUGUGUGUGUUUUUAAAAAGCAGGUAAUUAAAUUCAAAAGAGCAAUGAACUUAAUUAUAACAUCCAACUUCCCAGGCACCUAUCCUUGUUUGAAUUUUCAUAACAAAAUAUAGUUGAAUUUUCUUGAAAGCUUUCAAAAUGUUUUCUAUUUAGGAACCAAUACGUUUAGAAACCAAAGCUGUCACUUCUAUUUCUUAGUACAUUUUUAAAAAUUAUGCAUUACACAGUGCUGUUUGAUGAUAAACAGCAAAGUAAAUGCCUUGCACAAAGAAAGUACUUAAUAAAUGUUUGUUGAGUCUAUGAAUUUCCAAUUAUACUCCAAGUGUGAUCAUCAGAAUAGUCCCCAAAAGAAAAUAAUAUUUACUUUUUUUUUUCCAGAGGAAGGAACUAUGACGUUUAGGGACCUCACAGGAAACAGGCCUCCCCUGAUACCUGUUUAACUGUUUACUACACUUUUCUUCCCCUGAGUGUUUUCAGUUCUUUGUGUGCUGAUGAGUUAUUACAAUGAUAUUUAGCACAAAUUUAUUUUUCAUCGGAGCUCUCUCCUUGAGCACUCAAGGAUUACAAAAGCAUUUCAAGAUAUUGGGAAGAACUUCUUGAUUUUUUUUAUGCUCUCCAUAUUGUUGUUUUCCUUCAAGACUUAGCAAUAUAGGGACUUGGGUCAGUAUUCAGGUGAAAAUGGCACAAAUUGGUACAGCAGUACCAGUGAGUAGGUACAAGAAAGCUGGAAAACAUUUAGCUGGCUGGGCUACAAGGCAAAGUUACCUAGGAAGAUAGAGAACAGCUAGAAAAAAAAAAAAUAACAUCCUAUCUAGUGGCUAUGGUGCUGAAAGAGUUAACAAUUUAAGUUGAGUGUGACUCUUGUGUUGUGUGAGUGACGAAUAUAUGAAGGCAAGUGAGUGUUUACCCAGUUCUCCUCAAAUAAAACUUAUGUCCAAGUGAAUCCCUUGUGCAUUUAAUGAUGUUCAGAAUCAUAACUGCUAUGUGGUAUUUAGAUAUCCAUAAUAAACUGUUCAUAAUAAGCAUGUAAUAAGCUAUAAUAAGCAUGGCUUUUACACAGUCAAUAUUUUUUGUUUUGUUAUUUCUUUGAUGUCUAUGAUCAGCAAAUGUUCAGUUUGUCUUGAUGGGAUUCUUCGCCAGCUUGACAUAUAGUAAGCACUUAAUAAAUGCUUUUUUCAUUCAC